AUGGUGGUUGCUGAGAAGCAAACUGCCCAGAUUGGCGAGUCGAGGCUGGGGAAUAGCACCGAGAUAGACACGGUACGCCAAGAGGCUGCUCUGGGUCACAAACAGGAACUGGUGCGGAAUUUCGGGCUCUGGAGUGUGACAAGCUUGGGGAUUGUGAUCGCUAAUUCAUGGGCUGCAACUGGUGGCACAAUUGUGACUGCACUCAUGAACGGAGGCCCAAUGGCUCUUCUCUAUGGCUUGAUCCUCGUGAGCAUCUUCUAUACGGCGAUUUCGGCCUCGCUGGCCGAGUUGGCAUCUUCCAUGCCCUCCGCAGGCGGAGUAUAUUACUGGUCCACGGUACUAAGCGGGAAGCAUGGCCGCGCCGCAGGAUUCUUCACAGGCUAUCUCAAUGCCUGUGCCUGGCUCCUUUCGGCCUCAUCAAUGAGUUCCAUGUUAGGCAAUGAAGCGGUGGCCAUGUAUUUGCUUCGGCAUUCUGACGUCUCCUGGCACUCCUGGCAGGUGUUUAUUGUGUUCCAAAUUGUUAAUUGGACCUGCUGUGCAAUCGUAUGCCUGGGCAACCGGUUUAUCCCUUUGAUUAAUCAAGCUGCACUGAUCCUUUCAAUGACUGGACUCUUUGCGACUGUGGUGGUCCUCGCGGCGAUGCCAAAGACACACGCGAGCUCUUCGCAGGUAUGGACACAAUACUAUAAUAUGACUGGCGGCUGGUCCGAUGGGGUUUGUUUCAUUACGGGGCUGCUUAAUGCCGCCUUCGCUGUGGGUGUUCCUGAUUGUAUCAGUCAUUUGUCUGAAGAAGUUCCCAAGCCACAUGUCAAAGUCCCCCAGGGUAUCAUGAUACAGAUGUUAACGGCCUUCACUACCUCCUUUGUUUAUCUGAUCGCCCUUUUCUAUUCAAUCCAGGACAUCGAUAUGGUUUUCAAUACCAACGUGGGCUACUUUCCUACUGCUGAAAUCUAUCGACAAGCUACGGGAUCUACCACAGGUGCUAUUGGACUCAUCGCAGUGCUCUUCCUGGCUACCUUCCCAACCCUAAUCGGCACGUUCGUGACUGGAGGACGGAUGUGGUGGAGCUUAGCCCGGGAUAACGCCACGCCUUUCUCGAGCUAUUUUGCCGAGGUUCAUCCUACAUUGAACGCCCCUGUCCGUGCCACCGUCGCUAUGAGUGCACUAGUUACCUGCAUCGGCUGUAUUUACGUCGGCAGCACAACGGCAUUCCAGGCCCUUAUCUCGUCCUUUAUCGUGAUGAGCACUCUAUCUUACUUCGGGGCUAUCCUCCCACAUGUGUUGACUGGCCGUCGGAACAUAGUUCCUGGGCCCUUCUAUAUGGGUAAGACCCUAGGGAUGGUGGUAAAUAUCGUCUCGUUGGUGUAUAUCAUAGUCACCGUGAUAUUUUUCUGCUUCCCAUUCGUAAUGCCUGCCACCGUUCAAAACAUGAAUUAUACGAGUGUUAUCACUGUUGGUUUGAUGGCAUUGACCGCAUUGUGGUGGUUCGUCCGCGGCAAGACCGAGUACCGAGGCCCACACUUUAGCUUUGAGGCUGCCAAGCAAUUGACGUCUGUUCGAGCAGGGGAAAAGAGCGACGCUCCUGCGAUUGCGCUCAUGCAGGAGUCUACAGCAGCUACCCUUGAUGAUCAUGGGCGGAUGGGAUGA